AUGUUUACACUUGUUUACAAAGAAUAUUAAAAUUUAAAUAAAUUUCAAAUUAAAUGUCUCUGACAUGUAGAAACUCAUUGCAAAAGUUCUUCACUGAUAUGAAACCAGCCAUUCUUUGGAAAAGCUGUAUUACCCUUGAUCGAAUGAAGUGGGCCUGUUUUCACACUUUGGAUACAGCCUUUUUAUUCUUGCGGAAAGAUGUCAUUCCGGCAUUUAUUCUCGAUAUCGACAUUAUAGGAUAAAUCCUGUUUUCCGAUAUUAGCCACCAAUAAACACUCGUUCCCAGUUUUACGGUGAUGGGGGUAUCAGUGUUCACGAAAGACCCUGAAAAUUCACAGGACAGUCGGUCUGGUAAACAUGAUUUUUUUACAGGACUGGAUAAUAUUUUACCAGACCAAAUUCUUUUAUGAUAAAUUUGAUAUCUGGUCAUUAAAACUGGUAUUUAUACAUAGUCUGUAUAGACAACAUUACACGAAUUACAUCCCUUAAGUUUAUUUCCGCAUAUAAAUUGAAACAGAUUUCAGACAUUAAGUUUUCAGGCUGUAAAAAUUCUCCCUGUACUUGGAUUCAGUGUUGUUAUAUUUUCUGGUCCUUUGGGACCAUGGAUUCCAUUCAACAUAUGUAAUAGAGUCCCGCUUAAGCCGUUGCUAGGGGGCGUGAGAGGUGUUGCACAUUUCAUUACCUCUCGUGAACAGACCCAGUCAAAACGAGUCUGCUGUUAUUCUUUUUGGUUGCAUUCUUUGCUCCCAAAGGAUCUUUUUACCCAUUUUAUUCAUAUUCAUUUGCUAUAUCAUCGCUGUCUUUUUUCCAAAAAAAUGUUGUUUGCAUCGAGUCACGUUGAUGUUAACAUAUAUAAAGAGAAAGAUGACCUCGGAAUUUCUGGAAAUUCCCUUCUGGUUCCCCGUACAUAAAUCGAGCACCAUCCACGAUUAGUACGCAUCCAGUGAUAACAUGCGUUCUUAGAAUUGUCGUGACGUCGUGAGGGGUUUCCACUGUUUCUAUUUUAAGUACCAAUGAAACGAGCGCUUACUAAAAUAUAGUUUGACAUCAAUUUCUCGGGAUUCAAUGUUACAAUUUAAUGAUGAGGACUUUCUUCACAUUUUAUCAGAUUGACCUGCAAUUUUUAUCGGACACUCGGUCCUGUGAACUCGAUAUAUAACGGCGGACCGCAUCAAAAUUUACCAGAUCAGUCUGACGGCUUUCGCGACCUCUGGGGUAUCGGCCAUUAUGCUAUAUAGCGGUAGUGUUUAAGAUUAUCCUUUUUUCAAGCAAAAAUAUCCUCAAAGUUUACUUUAUUUUUGAAAUUUUAUCUUUUAUUCUACACUGCCGCUUCCGUGGCUCGAUACCGAAGGUGUGAAAUUAUUCGCAUUUUUCAAGGUUAACAAAUUAUUUUUGCAAAAAUUUUGUUGCCAAGGUUGUGAAAUAAUAUUUUCUUUGUGAGAAAGUAAGAACUUUCCUAAAUCCUUAUCUUAUGGAAAAAAUAAUCGCUAAUAUUGUACACGGUCUUUAUAUCAGUUAAUCUCGCCAGCCCCCCUGACCCUAUUUACGGAAAUACCGGAGGACGUGAUUUAUCCUAUAAUGUCGAUAUGGUCAAUAUAACAUACUAACAGGAAUUGUAUAGGUCUGGACUAGAACUGUGGCAGGUACAAUGAAUUUUUCUGAGUUGUUUCGACAGUCAAACCAGAUCUGCAGGUUCUCCCCAGAUGGGAAAUAUUUGGCCUCUGUUGUGGAAUUCAGGCUGGUUGUCAGGGAUGUGGAUACAUUUCAGAUCCAGAACUUGUUUACCUGUAUGGAUACGAUACAGUAUAUAGAAUGGUCAGCUGACUCUCAGUUUAUCCUCUGUGGACUGUACAAACGUGGACUGGUACAGGUCUGGUCUCUAGAACAACCAGACUGGAAGUGUAAAAUAGACGAGGGUUCUGCUGGACUGUGUGCUGUCAGGUGGAGUCCAGAUAGUCGCCAUAUCCUGACCACUGCUGAUUUCCAUCUCCGUAUUACAGUGUGGUCAUUGGUCACAAAAUCAGUCUCGUAUAUCCGAUACCCAAAACAGUGCCAGCAAAAUGUCAGUUUUUCUCCAGAUGGGAGGUAUAUGGGCCUUGCAGAGAGAAGAGAUUGCCAAGAUUUUAUCAGCAUCUUUGACUGCAGUUCCUGGGAACUGUUAAAGCAUUUUGAGAGCAGCACAGAUGACCUGGCUGGACUGCAGUGGUCUCCGGACAGUUCUGUCCUCUGUGUAUGGGACACACCAUUGAAUUAUCUAGUACUUCUGUACUCUGUCGAUGGCCGAUGUCUGGCAAAGUUCAGUGCUUACGAAUAUGCUCUUGGCUUGAAAACUCUGACAUGGUCUCCCACAAGCCAGUUUCUAGCUUUGGGAAGUUACGAUGAAAAAUUGAGGCUUCUUAACCAUGUGACUUGGAAGACUAUUACAACAUUCUGUCAUCCAGAAACUUUGAACGAAAACUCAGCUGUAGUUUAUAAAGAGAUAGAAACUCGUACACCUCAGCCUGUGAAAAGUGAUCUUACCGAUAUUCCUACAACUGCCUUAUUUUCACCUCAGAGUAAAUACGAAGUUCAGGCCUGUCCAGUUACUAUACCAGUUGUUAAACCAGACACAAACAAAGCAAAUCCCAAAAGAGGGGUAGGAAUUACAUCAUUUAGCAAAGACUGUAAAUAUAUGUUUACAAGGAAUGAUAAUAUGCCUCACACUUUGUGGAUCUGGGACAUUCAGAAGCUUGCAGUUUGUGCAGUUGUAAUCCAGUCUGCUCCAAUUAAACAUGUAGAAUGGGACCCAGUCAAAACCAGACUGGCACUCUGCACUGGAGUAAACAAGCUGUAUAUGUGGUCCCCAGCAGGAAGUUUGUGUGUAGAGGUACCAGUUGAAGGAACAUUCCAGGUCCAUUCUUUAAAAUGGCAUCCAGACAGUGGAUCUCUGUUGCUGCUAGGAAAGGAUAUGAUGUGUAUCUGCUACUUAAAUGACAUUGAAAAUGAUGGAGCAGAUGCAGGAGAAUGACAUUGACUGUGAUAUUCAGUGAAUGAUGUUAACAUUCCAUUUUAGUUGCUAAUACAGUGCUACCCACAGACUGAGAUCAAAGUACCUGUCGUAUAUUCCCUUGAAAUAGCCAGAUGUAGAGCAAUGUAAAUAAUUUAUUUAAUUUAUCUAUAUUUGUACCUUUUGUAUGCUAUUUGCACUUACCUGUUCUAAAAAAUGUUUUUUACAAAUAACAUUAACUUGAAUAUUGUUAUUAACAUUAACUACAACGUCCUUCUCAAAACUCAAAAAUAUUAUGUCUAGAUUUAAAUUUGAUUGAUGACUUUUUAGCUUGACUAUUCGAAGAAUAGGGGAGCUAUCCUACUCGCCCCGGCGUCAGCGUGAGCAUCACACAAAUUUCAAAGUUUGCGUACCACCCCAAAUAUUUUCUAAGUCCAUUGAGAUAUUGCUUUCAUAUUUUGCAUACUUGUUUACCAUCAUGACCCCAGUCUGUUAAAAGGAGGAGGCAACUCUAUCAAGCAUUUUGACUGAAUUAUGGCCCCUUUUCGACUUAGAAUAAUGUUAAAGUUUGUGUACCACCCCAAAUAUUUUCAAUGUCCAUUGAGAUAUUGCUUUCAUACAGGGUUUUUUUUUAUUCUAUAGCAGAGGCCGAAUAUCGGCCUCGUCCCCCAGCCGAGGAUUUCCCCCACAGCUGAGGAUUUCCCCCACAGCCAAGGAUUUCCCCUACCGCAGUCGAAAUUCCCCUAGGUCCGAAAUUCCCCCCUAUAAAAUCGUAAACAAAGCAAUGGAGAUUACUCCCAGCGAUUUUCCCGACCGAAUAUCGGACCCGUUCACAAUUGCAGAUGGUCUUUCACAAUUUUCAAUGGGUGUGAAAACCUUUAGAAAUAGUAGAAAAAUGUUAGAAGAGCGUUCAGUGGACACGAGGUUCCGGUUUUGACCAGCGAAAAUCGAUAAAAACUCGUAUCUGACCCGCACAUAAUAUGCCGUGGGCGUCUGCUUGUCUCACGGCAAUACUCUUUGAUACAUAACGAGUUCGAAAGCUCUGCCCCUUGUCAAUCAAGAUCCCAGUGAACUUCAUACUGUUUGUCGACACCAGCGUAAGUAUGACAGUAGGCGGAGCGUCGUAUGUUAAUUAGCUACUGACAGAUGUCAAUCACGCCACGCGCCGACUGACACGUGGUUAUCAUCAGUAUGUAAUAUAGAUGAUUGAUAAACAAUGCAGCGUCAGAUUAUCGUGUUUGUACCUCUUGUUAAUUAGCGGUAAUAGCUUAUGCUGUAUUGUGUUGUUAAUUUAAAGUAAUUAUUUUAUGUGCUUGAUUCGAUUAAAUAAGCCGGUCGGCCGUUACACAAAUUUAUUAUCUUUGCCGAGGUAUUUUGCUAGAGCAAAAUAAAAUAUAAAUGUCUUAAGUAAUCAGAUAUUAUAAGUAUGGAAUAGUUCUGGUGAAAAAGAUGAAAUUUAAAACGGGUAUUUUAUCAAGAAUUUUUAAUGUAUGCUUUCGUUUUUUCAUAUUUGUCACACGUUUUCGCGAUCGUGAUUUUCGGACUUUUUUUAUCCUUUCUUACAAGAUUUUCUAGUACAAUUGAAAUAAAAAGCCAACAAAAGUAUGCAUUCAAUAAUAAUAUGAUGACUCUUGCAAAAGCAACUCUUAUUUUAAAGCAUUUUUUGUGAAUAAAAGCAUGUGACCUUUAAAUAUUCAAUGAUUUGAGCAUUUCAACUCUCCCCACCCACCUUGUUACAAUGAUAAGUGAACAUUAGUGCAAGUCCAUCUAUUGCUAAGUGACAGUGUGUAUAGUUGCUAAAAGUUGCAAGAAUAUGUAAAAAAACAUAGUUUAAAGUGUUUAUUAUGCAUAAUUGUAAAUUCCCCCCUGAGUGAAAAUAUUCCCCAAAACUGCUCGUUGCGCGCUAUUUUCUUCCCCCCAAUGACAGGCUGGGGCCUUUUCCCCCAGUCGUAAAAAAAACCCCUGUCAUAUUUUGCAUACUUGUUUACCAUCAUGACCCCAGUCUGUAAAAAGGAAGAGGCAACUCUGUCAAGCAUUUUGAUUGAAUUAUGGCCCCUUUUCAACUUAGAAUAUGCUUAUUGUAAUGUUAAAGUUUUACUCAUAGCUUAUAUUAUACUAUCAAGCACUGAGAAUAGUUGAGCGCGCUGUCCACUGACAGCUCUUGUUUUCUUGUUGUGUUCAAUAAGUACUGAAUAUUCUAAGUAUUGUUAUUGACAUGUUUCUGAUAGAAAUGGAAUAUUUUACUAAGUUUGGUAAAAAAAACAUGGAUUUAAUAUCUGUUUAUGUAUUCAAAAAUAGAUGCUAGACAAUGUAUUUGAAAAAGAAUUAUUAUUAUUUAAGGAAAUAUAGUUUAUGAAGAAAAUUUGA